AAUCUUCGGCAGUUUUUGAGGUUAUCAGAUUUGAAGGUUAAGGGGCGCGUCGAGAAGGAUAAAAAUUCGGAAACAUUAAACAACUUCAUUACGAGGAAUUGCACCCCGAAAUCCAUUCAAAAUCCUCGUUUUUACUUUAACAUACACCCAAUUACUUAAAUGUUGAUAAAUUAUUUGUGCGCGCAAUUCAAUUAAACUGAAAUCCAGUCAUGUCAGUGGCUCCAAAAAUUUUCUCUCCAAAUUUAUGAGCUUUGCGUUGCAAAUUAUAGUGUCCAUCUUGUCCUAUCUUAGGAAUCCAUGGUGACAGAAGUUUCCACCACUCUCACAACUCGACCACCUUGAUCUAAGCCUUGUUGCUGAUUCGUCCCAUUAUUACGAUGUUUUUUUCUCCGGAACAAACCUAAUUUUUUUCUUCACAUAUAUUUGAAAAGAUUAAAUUUGCACCAAUGCUUCUCAAUAACUAGAUAGUCUGAACUUGACUGAACAAAAAAUGACCAAAACCCAAGAGAACUCAGUUUUAACAGCCUCGGUGCCAAGCCCUGAGCUCAUCACCGAGGUGGAAAGUCAUUUUUACACCUACUGCAAAGUCAUCAUAAGAAAUGUCAUCGAACCUGUGCUGCUCGCCCUUUGUGACCGACCACGGUUUGAUGCGCAAAUCCUUCCCCGCAUGAAGACUGUUGACUCGAUCCUGAACAACUCCCCCCGUUCCGUCAACCAAGAAUCUGAAAAUCACCCGUCUGUCAGAGAACUUGACUUCGAGUUGAAAGGUCUAAAAAAUGAUCUGAAAACAAUCAUGCAGAUCCAGGAAGCCUUGGCCAUCACUGAUAACCAUGGUUCUAUGGAGGUACUUUCCCCCAUGCAGGAGAUACAUCGUACCAUUGCUAGGAUCCAGCGAGAAUCAUCUACAGAUCAGCACCUUUAUCGUCACAUAUUGGCCCACCUUUGCGCUAGUCUGCAAGAUAUCGAUAACUUGUUCCAGCUCAUCAACAGCAACAGAGCCGUCAGCGCGGACGCAAUCGCGGUCCGUAGUAAAAUGUUUGACUCCCUAACCAGUGCUAAUACCAACGUCAGUUCUUUAUCAGCACUAUGGCGAGCGGCGCAGGAAGAUCAGGAAAAUAUGAUCAAAUCGAGUCAUUUUGAAGCAGAGCUCGAUCAGUUUCUAUCGACGUCUGAAAACCAGGAAUCGCUAGAUAUUCCAGUCCACGCUACAAGUUCGUCUUAUGUAGACAUCGGUUGUCUGUCCUCGGAAGAUGAAAGUAGCUCUAUCUCAGACACUAGUGACCGUUCGAUUAGUGCUUUUUCAGAGGGACGGAACAAGACCAAUGACUGCUGCGAUUCGGACAACACGCAGUCCACUACAAGUGAGACCGUGCGUGAGGUUGGAGGUAAUGAUUCAGGGUCAUUUCAAGAUGAUGCAUUCAAAUAUGAAGUGCGCUCUCGCCUGUGUAUGCUUCGUAAGGUCAAUAGCGUGUACUUGCUCGAGGCGAGAAUGAUCUUGCACAAAGUAUUGUGCAACGAAGAAUGCAUGUGCCGAAAACCUAUAGUAAAUUUGUCGCAGGCAGAUGUAGAGCUAAUGAAGUUUGGGCACAAGGAGAGCCUAGAAAAAGCAACGGAAAUGCUUCUGACGGGGUCGUUGAAAGACGCACCUAUCGAAGACAUUUUCCAGUUUAAGUCCUCUGAAAUUUUACACUCAGUGCCUGAGAGCGUUAAGAGAUCCGAAUCUUUUGACAUUGAGAAUGGAUUGGAUAGCGACGUAAAGUUAGUCAAUAGGCAGCGCUUUCCCUCAACUUCAGCAAAACAUGACGUUAAUGUUCCCCCCAGAGAUACUUUAAAAGAAUUACCCAUACUAAAUGAAGACAUCUCAAAAUGCUCUUUAAGUGAAAGCCUUCUUGAUUCGAGUCUCAAUAACUUCUUGUCGACAGAAUUUACACACAUACUGCGGAUCAUAAAAAUGCUCCGAUCUAUUAUAGCUCCACUGAAGGAAGAGGGGGAGGUUAUUCUGAGGGAGUCAACAAAAGAGGCAAGUGACGAAUAUUUUUCUGCCGGAAGCAUCUCAGGGAAAACCAUAACGAGCAAUAAUUCAGGAACUUUGAUGGACCUUAUGUUAGAGGAAGUAGUGAAAAGAGUAGUUUUGAAAAAAUAUGAGCAAAAAAUGAAAGAAACGUCGGAAAUUAUUUCAGAUGAAUCGCUUAACGCGAUGCUCCUUAAUAUGAACGGAGGAAAUGACUCAACGGUAGCCAGUUUCUCUGACGACAUGCUCGAGGAAUUCAAAUCUCGGCUGUCUUCUGGAGGGGAUGACUCUCCACAUCUCAAUGGAAAUUCCAAUAAUGGUAGACAUUCAGAAGAACCCUCUGUAAAUCCGCAGAGGUUAUGGCAAGAGAUCAGCAAGAGAAGUAAAAACGAAAAAUCGUGUAACAAUUGUGAGAGCACUCCGAUAAACUCAAACGCCACCUGUAACAAAAAUGAAUUUUUAGUCAUCCGUGGAGAUACAGUUUGCAAAACACGCAUUUCAAAUAUCUGCCUCCAGUUAGCGGCCAAGUCAUCAAUCAACAAAAAAGUCUCCGGAUCAAGCUUUGAUAAAAUUAGGCUUAAGAAGUCAAUAGACUCUAAUAUUUCGAGGGUUGAAGCGAUGUCUCCCCAGGAGAACACCUCUGUUAUUUCACAAAAUCCGAGCGCGAGUGGCAUAAUAACUUCAGAAACAGAAAUAAACUUUAACGAUUCGAUCAAGUCACUUGGACAGAGAAUUGUCAAUAUUGAAAGAUUUUUGUCAGAUUUUGAAAGCAACGACGGGCGAAUCAAGGACGCUCAGCGACCUCAAAAAUAUUUGGAAGAUAAUUCCUCAGAGGACCGAGUGUUAAAAGCUAUCGAAUUCCUAAGUGAGUCCAAUCAAAUUUUACAUCCAAAAUCAGCAGAACGAGAUCCAAAGAGCUCCUCUAGUGUAUCUGUUUAUACUAGUGGCGCAAACUUCACCUGUGAAAAAAUUGGUUGUAAGUCUUUCAUGAUGCCGAAAAAAUUCACUCCGGGUGAUACACUUCCAGUUAGCAGUGUUUUUUACUCAAAGAUUGAGCCGGAUAAGGUGCCUAAAACUCCCAGUUCAAGCGAAUUUUCCUUCCCAGCUACUGUGCCUGAUAUUUCUGAUGCAAAGCCUUUGCACCACCUUGUAUUUACAAAAAGCAAUUGGAAGCAAUUAAUACAAGACGAAGUAAAUACAUCGUGUUUUGAGACCCCAUCUAUGCUGAAAGUUCUCGCUUCAUCAAACUCAAAAGGCUACCAUAUGGACAAGGGCGAUUGUCAGCCAAAAUUAGAUUACUUGGACAACUGUCGGGGAGGAUACAAAACGUCAGAUGUUGACGUAGAGAUGACGCAUGCAGAGGUAAAGUCACUCACCACAAAACGGAACCUUUCAAACCUCACGUUGAAGGGUAGGUUUGAUGGAAAAGUGAAGGAGUCUGACUCAGGUAUGUUGAUCCAUAAACUUCGGCCGAAAUCAUCAAGAGUCCCCUCAUUCAUCAAAAAUGAAAUCACACCAACCCAUACGAACGCAGCGGCUAAAGAUGAAAGUUGCUCAAUUGCUGAUUCUGACAGUUUUUUGAAAACUGAGAAAAUGAUUGAGGAGGAAAUGAAAAUGAAUUCCUCGGAAUUGAUUAUCAUUCAGAAUGUGACAGAAUUAGCAGUAAGUGAUUGUGCCAGAAUCCAAAAACCUGAUAAUUUUCUUCAAAGCAGGAGAGAGAACAUUAAGGCUCAAAGCUUACAAAGCACAGGGAAAAAUGGUCAGCAAAAUCGUAGCGUUGGAACUCAAUUAAUCAGUAAACAGUUUACUCGGAACUGUAACAGAGAAAGGGACAUUGAAAACUCAAACGUCGUUAAUGAAAAACAUCAUGGUAACAAUUUACAUACCAGACCGAUUAAUUUCAAGCAACCUCAACCUAACUUCACUAGUAUGCAAAAGCGAGGAGACGCAAAAAUACCUACUGAAGCUGCGAAGUCAUCUCAAGUCACUGAAAAUGUCCUUCCCACUUCAAGCCACAGUCUUUUUGAUGAAAAUUCCAAGAAAUAUUCUGAAAAUUCAAUUGAUGAGCGCUUAAUCUCUACUAGUACCAAAUCGCUCCUCGACGAGGAGGCAACGACAAGUGUUCUUGCUUUAGAGCCAGCAUUGAACAAAUCGACAAACACAUCUCCGAAAUCGCCAAGACUUGAAAAGCAUCCAAAACCCACAGCUAGCUCGGAAGAAUCAGUCUCACCUCCUAUUGAAUCAGAGAGCCAUGAGCGCCUCAUCAAGUCGGCAUUUGACCUUAUGGACAGCUGUGAGAAGAUCCUCAACUGCAAACGGCGAUCCGAGGAGCUGCAAUCUCAGUCAUCUCCCCGUUGUCGGAACAGCUUUGUAACAGUUUUGAAGACCGUAGACGAAACUUUUAUCGAUAAGAUGUCCUCGUAUGGCCCCGGUUCAAUUUUUAAGAACCAAACAUCUCAGACAACUGACGAUCAGGACCUUUUGAACAGCGACUCCUCAGAGGUGGAACAGCGCACCACAGAAUACACCCAGCUCGAUUCUCAGAUUAACGUCACGUCAUCGACGAAACCUUGGUUUGGUAGUCUGAGAAAAGUACUGUCGCCUAACAAAGUUAAUUCUAGGUCCACCUCCUACCUCUCUACAGGGUCGGAGAUCUUCUACGAUAUACCUACCGCGGAGUCCGAUCUGGCCUACCAUAUCGAGGUCGAAUGCGCGUUCAACCAAUCGUGCGCAGAGAUCGAACGGAGUAAAACAGUAUCGACCAAUCGUAGAGCAUCCGCGGUGGUUGAAAGCACUAGGGUGAGAGGCAGAAGUGGCUCAGCGCCCGAAAAUCACUCAACCCACGAAUUGAACAGAAACAAGCUGGCGGCAGAGAAACCCCUGGAAGAAAACGCUGGAGCUGGAGGAUGGGGCAAAAAACCUCCUACUACAGCUUUAUUUGACUCUUGCGACAGUGAUUUCAGGACCAUCGAGUUCGAGUCCCCUCCAGAAACGAAGCUGAGGAGAUGCGAGACUUUCGUCAAGGAAAUACGGAGGUCGGCGAGUGAGAUAUUCUCCAGGAGGAACGAAAAGUCCGCGCGAGUCAGAGCUGGUGCGGACCGUUGCUGUAGUAUUUCGAGCAGUCGCGAGGAAAAUACCCGAGGCAGAGAGCGUAAGAAGUCGGACCAAACAGUAAUGAGUUCCAGAAUGAAAGUGCCUGGCGACUCCGUCAGCUCAUGGGAGUCUCACGAUAGGAAAUACUCUUGUUCCGAUAUCAAAGCCGUGCCAAUCCGGGGCCACGAAAGUCUGGAAAAGCAAUUGACCCUCCUACGCGACUCCCUGAAGGAGGACUGCAAGUGCCCUCGUCGCCAAAGACCGACUGAGCGACCGGAGCCCGAGUGUUUCCGACCGUUGUGCCGGGAUAGACGGAGGGACGAAAAGCUGCGACGAAGCUUGUUCACCGGGCAUAAUAGCAGGCGCAAGCAAUCGGAAUUAUCGGAUAGCUCGGUUGAGUCGAAGAUAUCACGACGGUUUCGGAGUGAUGGAGAGAAUGUGGUGGCAGUCAAUGCGGAUAUCGUGAUGGAGUUUUUUGAACGGGUGUACGGCGUUUACGAUCAUAUUCGUCACUGCAAGUCAUGCAAGACAUUGAUGAGUCGAAUCAUCGAGGAGGUCAUCAGUGACCUGGAGGUAGUGCGGGGCAAGGCGUAGUGUUCGAGUGAGUGUUUGGGCUUGUGCCAGUUGUAACCGAACUUCCAUGUUAUUCGUUUUGAUUUGAUAAUGAUAUGAGCAGCAAUAGCAUUGAGUUCAUUAUGAUUUUUUAUGUUUGCGAGAUUUAAAAUAAAAACGAAAAAAAGUGUGUAAA